GUUCAGUUCUGAUUUCAUUCACAAAAAGAAAAACCUCGGGGAAUUUCGUGUUUCGAUAAUGAUUUUUGUUAUAAAGUUACUCGUAUUAAAUAGCUAGACAACAAAUUAACAGUUUAAAAUGGUUACUAUAAUAAAGAACCAGUUGCUGAAACAUUUAUCAAGGUUUACAAAAAACCUAAAUCCGGAACAAAUAUCUCUGUCCGCUCUACGCGGUUCCGGAGAGCUCCACGACUUGACUCUUGAUGAGGACCUGCUGACGGACCUGCUCGAGCUGCCAGGAUGGGUGCGACUCACCUCGGCCCGGUGCAACCGGGCUACGUUCAGGAUACAGUGGACCAAACUGAAGACUGUUCCUAUAGUGCUGAAUUUAGACGAGGUACACAUAGCACUAGAAGUGUGCCAGGAGCCGAGGGUCGUAAACCCCACCGCCACGGGAUCUAUGCCCGCUCCGGGCAAAUACAGCUACAUACACAAGGUCAUAGACGGAAUCUCGGUGGCUGUGAAUCAAGUGCAAAUAGACUUCAAUUGUGAUGCGUUCACCAGUAGUGUUCAGAUCUCAAGAGUGACCGUUGAGUCCCGGACGCCCGAGGGCCGGAAGGGAGACCUAAGACUGACUAGGAUCAAAUCGCCCGACACUGGACAACUGCUUAUAUUUAAGGAGCUAGAAUGGCAGAGCGCGCGCAUAGAAGCCAAGGCGCACGGCGCAGCCGCGGCCAACUUGCCGCCCCUGAGACUGCUGCUAGGCAACACGCACUGCCGCAUCGUCAUCAAAAAACGACUUUCAGACUGCGCCGUAAUUGGCUCCCGGCUGGCAAUCCGUCCGGAGCCGCUAGCGUGGGCGCUAACAGAUGGCCAGCUACGCGCCGCAUUAGCUUGCGCCGCGGCCUUGGCUGAGCCUGUUAGAAGAGCCACAGCCGCUGCUACUCGCGCCAAGGCUCUCAGGAAGAUCGAAGAGCCCCGGGAGCAAAUCCAAAGCCGACCGCCGAGUGGCGACCGUGACAUACUCGCGCGAAUGUUCGCCAAACACGACGUGCGUGAGACUUCGUACCAUCUGCUCGCGCCGCGGAUCGACCUGCACUUGUGUGAUGACCCUGGCUUGGGGCGUUCAGAAAAGCCAUCGCUAGCGAACGGAGGUGCCUUACAAGUGACGCUUGUGAGCAUGCAGGCGGAUCUAUUCCCCUACCACAAGGCGGCGGACGACCGACGCCAUUGGCGCGGCUACCGGGAAGCAGCAACACCACACAGUCAGUGGCUGUCGCAAGCCCUGUCUUCGUUCUGCACGACGCUGCUCGACGCGUUGGAUCCUAGACCGCUCACUCCUAGUAAUAAGGCGAGUCAAGCUGAGAAGUCAGAAGAACCUCUGUCGAACGGGAUCAACCACAGGCCGAGUCAAACCGCCAGCCAGCAAAGCUCUACUGCUCCGUCCACUAACAUCUCCUCACAAGCAUCGCCAACCAGGACCAGGAUUCUGCAACAGCUGGGGAAGCUCAUGACCACAUGCCUCGUACUUAGGAUAGACGACUUCACUGUUUAUAAGGUUUCGACCGGGUCCAAGUCCCGGGAAGCGCCGCGACCACUAGUGAGCGCCGAGAAAGCUACUUUGCCGGGCGACGCGGGACUACUACACGCGGAGCUGACGUUCUUCUACUAUCCUGGCGAUGUCUGCUUCCCUUUGCCAGCUCCAAAGCUAUACGUCCAGCUAAGUCCAGUCCGCAUAUCCGUGGACGUAGCCAGCGUGGUCUGGCUCGGAGCCUUCCUGCCGCACGUGGCUCAGGCAUUACAACAGGCGGCAGACGAGCAGGAAACCCCGGCGUAUAUGGACGUCAGGACCGAAGCCAUCAUGCCCAAGAUAGUGCUAGAAGCCGGCCCCGAGCAUAUCUCGCAGCAGCGCGACCGGCCCAAGGAACUACACGUAUGCACCGCACGCGCAACGCUCACGAACGUUCGCGAAUCGCCGAGAGCUAACACGGCGGGCACCCGCGCCGACCUGGCCGCCAUCUUGGCAGCGCUGCAGCGGUCGGCGCCUGCGCGCGGCCAAUUUCCUUGCUCGGCUGAUGACGUCGACCCUAUACACGAGCAGUUCAUACUUCAUGCUGAUAUGGAUGUGACUAGUGUAGUGUGGCUCGGAGCCUUCCUGCCGCACGUGGCUCAGGCGUUACAACAGGCGGCAGACGAGCAGGAAACCCCGGCGUAUAUGGACGUCAGGACCGAAGCCAUCAUGCCCAAG